AUGGGUAACUUGCCACAGCAUCGUCUCAUUUCGGGUGGCUUUCCUUUUGAGACCGUAGGAGUCGAUUAUGCGGGCCCUGUUAUGAGCGCCACUCGUCAAGGUCGUGGGUGUCGACUGUUAAAGGUGUAUAUAUGUAUUUUUGUCUGUUUCACUACCAUGGCGAUUCAUUUAGAGUUGGUAGGUGACUUAGUACUAGGUGACUAG